AUGUUGAAAGGUAUAUUUAAACAUUUUCUCUACACCCUCAGGGCUUCGUGCAGGACACUGGGGAGCUGCUCAUGCCCUUUGCUCUCAGUUGAGCCCAGUCGUGGACUCGUGGACGAAAAGUUCCGGAUUUUAGUCAGAAAUCUAAACCCGAGCCAGGAGGUGACACUCCAUUGUCUGCAUCAGUCAGAGGACAAAGACUUUUGGCAAGCAUUUGGACAUUAUGUUAGCGAUGACUGUGGCACUGUGGCAGUGGCAAAGGACUCGAGUGUUGGAGGCACGUACACAGGGGUCGAGCCAAUGGCACUGAUGUGGAGCCUGCAGCCAGUACCAGGCAGCCGGACAGGACUGAGGUUGAGAAAGCAAGAUGUCCUUUCACCCAUGAUAUUCUCCAUUUCUGUGUAUGAUGGACACAUCACUCAGGAUUUUAGCCCGCUCACACCACUAGUCACCACCAUCAUAGAAAGAUGGUACACGGCUCCAGGUGUCCAGAGAGUCGAUGUACGUGAGAAAGGAGUUCGAGGAACUUUGUUCAUCCCUCCAGGACCUGGCCCAUUUCCAGCUGUGUUGGACUUGUGGGGAGGAGGUGGAGGGCUGGUAGAGUAUCGGACUGCCCUGCUGGCGUCACAUGGCUUUGUUGCGUUUGCUUUGGAUUACAUAAAGCAUCUGGACUUUUCGCAAGAAACAAAAGGCAUUAUCAGUUCCCAUUAUGUUGAGGUAGCGUAUCAGAUAAUGCAGGACCAUCCCAAGGUGAUAAGAGACAGAGUGGCUCUGUUGGGCCUUUCAUUUGGUGGUUCUGUUGCUUUAUCUAUGGCUGCCUACUCCUCUGUCAUUAAGCCUUGUUGUUGUGUAUGCAUCAGCUGCAGUCACGUCACUCCUAUCCAGGAAACUUUGACUGAAGCCUCUGAAGGGUUUGAAAGAAUGUUUCUUAAAGCACAAGUAAAGAACAAUCAGCUCAUCUGGAGAGAUGUCAUUUUGCCCAUCCCAACAGAUCCAGCUGCGAAAACUGAUGUUGGCCAGAUAAGAUGUCCGCUGCUUUUGGUGGUUGGAGAUGAUGAUCAGAACUGGGCCACACUGGACUCAGCUGAAGAUAUGGAAAGAAUGAGUGAAAAGGCAGGCAAUCAACAUUUGUUCAAGAUCCUUAUCUAUCCUGGUGCAGGUCAUCUGAUAGAGCCGCCUUACACACCACACCACAGAGCCUCCAACUUCACGGUACCUGGCAAAAAAAAAGUGAUCAUGCUUUGGGGUGGACAGACCAGACCGCAUGCAUAUGCCCAAGAAGACUCAUGGGAGAAGAUUUUGGACUUUUUACAGCAACAUCUGUGCAAUGCAGCUCCACAGGCCCGACUGUAGUAGUGUGAAAAGAUGUUUUUGUUGUGCUUUAACUCUUUAAUUAUUUAGCAAGGGGGGCAAAUAGUUUAUUACAUACA